CCUGCGUCUCCUACACAUACCCAGCAAAAUGGUCACAGCCUUGUAUCUAUCAUUCUUUUCAGUACUCCCUGUUGUGCUAUGCUCUUCUGCAUCACCCCAGACAACAUUGAACAUUGGUUCAUCCUUGUCAGUGGAAGAGCUUGACAAAACAUUCCUUGUGUCACCAAACCAUACCUUCUCCUGUGGUUUCUACAAAGCUGGCAAAAAUGCCUUCUACUUCUCCAUCUGGUUCACCAACACCGUCGAUAAAACUGUCAUCUGGACAGCAAACCCUGGUGUUCCGGUGAAUGGUCAUGGCUCCAAGGUAUCUUUCACAUCUGAUGGCAACUUGGUCCUCCAUGAUGCCGGUGGCUCCAUUGUUUGGGGCAGCAAGAUGAGCCUGGGCAAGGGCUCAACAGUUCAUCUCCUUGAAACUGGCAACCUUGUGAUCAAAGACCAAGGAGGAGAUCAUAUCGUGUGGGAAAGCUUUGAUUCACCCACCGACACCUUGCUUCCUUCUCAGAACUUUACCAAAAACAAGAAGCUGGUGUCAGGUUACUACAGCCUGUAUUUUGAUAAUGAUAAUGUGCUCCGGCUCAUUUAUGAUGGACCGGAGAUCGCAAGCAUCUAUUGGCCUAAUCCAGAUAAAGAUCCAUUCCAAAACGGACGGACCAGCUACAACAGCUCCAGGGUUGCAGUCCUUGACAAAAUGGGUCGUUUCCUAUCGAGCGAUGGGCUCAACAUUGUGGCUUCAGAUUUUGGAGUUAGUGUGUGGAGAAGGCUAUCAAUCACCCAAGAUGGCAACCUCAAAAUGUAUAGUCUAAAUUCAUCGAACGGGGCGUGGAUAAUCACAUGGCAAGACGUGCGACUGAUAUGUAAGGUACAUGGGUCAUGUGGAAUGAAUGGAAUCUGUGAGCACUCGCCAGGCCCUCGCUGCUCUUGUCCACCGGGUUAUGAGAUGGCUAAUCCACAGAACUGGACCAAAGGCUGCCAACCAAUGUUCAGCAACAACAUCAGCCAAGCCAAGGAGCAAGUUAAGUUUAUCAAAUUACAUCAUACCGACUUUCAUGGCUUUGAUAUGGUCUAUAAUGACUCACACACUUCAUUCCGAGAUUGCAAGAAAUAUUGUUUAGAAACGACUUUGUGCCUUGGCUUUUCAUACCGGUUGACUGGACGUGGUGUAUGUUACACAAAAAGUUUGCUUUUCAAUGGCCAUAGGAGUCCCUCAUUUCUUGGAAGCUUCUAUAUCAAGAUAAGCAAAAAUGCUAGCUUCCCUGCAAUAUCAGCCGCAAGACAGACCCACCUUGUCUGCAAGAACAGUUCAGAGAUUGUAGUUGGGCCUGCAUAUGCAUAUAGAGUGCAGAAAAGCAACACAAAGUGGUCCUAUUAUUAUGCAUUUGUGGCAGUAUUGGGUGGUUUGGAGCUGUUCUUUGUUUUAACAGCAUGCUUAUUUCUUCGUAGCAAGCAAAGUAUUCCAGAUACAGUGAUGGAAGGGUACAAGCUGAUCACAAACCAAUUCAGGAGGUUCACAUACCGAGAAUUGAAGGAAGCAACGGGGAAUUUUAAGGAAGAGAUUGGAAGGGGUGGCUCAGGAAUUGUUUACAGAGGGGUGCUGAACAGCAAGCAAGUUGUCGCCGUGAAGAAGCUAACAAAUACAACGCAAGGCGAUGAAGAAUUUGGGGGUGAAAUGACUGUAAUUGCGAGGAUCAACCAUAUCAAUUUGCUAAGGAUUUGGGGAUUUUGCUCAGAAGGGAAACAUAAACUAUUGGUAUAUGAGUAUGUGGAGAAUGAAUCACUAGACAAGCACCUCUUUGACACCACUAACAGAGAACAGUCACUUGGAUGGAGCCAGAGGUUCAAGAUUGCAUUGGGAACGGCGAGGGGCCUGGCAUACCUCCACCACGAGUGUCUUGAGUGGAUUGUCCAUUGCGACGUGAAGCCUGAAAACAUUCUCUUGACGCGAGAUUUUGAAGUCAAGAUAGCAGAUUUUGGUCUAGCAAAAUUGUCGAGAAGAGAUUGCUCUGGCUUUCAUUUCUCCCAUAUGAGAGGUACAGCAGGUUACAUGGCUCCUGAAUGGGCAUCAAACCUACCGAUCACAGCAAAAGUUGAUGUUUACAGCUAUGGUAUUGUGCUUCUAGAGAUCUUAACGGGAACUAGAGUUUCAAGCCAGACAACGCAUGCUGGAGAGCAGCUGGAGUUGAGGGAAAUUGUACAGAUACUCAGGCAGGUUGUAGCUAGAGGAGAUCCUUCGCAUAUAGUGGACCCUAAGAUGCAAGGUCAGUUCAACCCUCAGCAAGCUAUGGAAAUGGUGAGGAUAUCCUUGUCAUGCAUGGAAGAAAGGAGCAAGAGGCCAACAAUGGAUGCAAUUGUCACAACGCUCAUGGCAUGUGAUGGAGAUGACGACCAGAAUGUUUGUGCAUGACUCAACCAAACAAUAAGCAAAGCCAAAUUUUAGUUUCAACGGCCGUGAGAGGAACCGGGCACAUCUUCUUAAUUUUUUGGUCUUGGCCAGACAUGGUUGAACAAUUUCUUCGGCUCCCUUGGGUUCAACAAAGUAACACAAAGCCGCGGCCUUGCUUCUGGAAGAAAGGAAUGACGUCAUCAAUCUUCAGCAACCUCUUUGUGUUUUUUCUAUUAAAUAAAAACAGGACCACUGCUAUGUCAUUUGAGAAGAAGUAGAA